AUGGUGCUCAGAGAGAAGCGCAAUCUGAGGCUCGCCAAGGAUAGACUUUCUGUUGGAUCCGACCUGCCACCCGUUCUUGUGGAUAAAAUCGAGACCAUUACGUGGAAGCCUGAUGAUGCCUUAUUGAAACGUUUGGGUGUUGGAUCAAAAGCUGACGACAGAGUUGGCCUUGCGCACAAGUUUCAAGGCAAUGUGUCGGUAAUCGCGGGUAAGGCAGGAUUCGAUGGUGGUGUAUGCAUGGCUGCCGGCGGUCGUCGCUCUUUCGACGGUGAUAGCUGGAUUUGA